AUGUGUUGGGCCAUGGGCCGGCGGUGGGCGUGGGCCGCGCUGCUUCUGGCGGUCGCGGCUGUGCUGGCCCAGGUGCUCUGGCUCUGGCUGGGCACUCAGAGCUUCGUCUUCCAGCACGAAGAGAUCGCGCAGCUGGCUCGGCAGUACGCGGGGCUGGACCACGAGCUGGCCUUCUCUCGGCUGAUCGUGGAGCUGCGGCGGCUGCACCCGGGCCACGUGCUGCCCGACGAGGACCUGCAGUGGGUGUUCGUGAACGCGGGAGGCUGGAUGGGCGCCAUGUGCCUUCUGCACGCCUCCCUGUCCGAGUACGUGCUGCUCUUCGGCACCGCUCUGGGCUCUAGCGGCCACUCGGGGCGCUACUGGGCUGAGAUCUCGGAUACCAUCAUCUCUGGCACCUUCCACCAGUGGAGAGAGGGUACUACUAAAAGUGAGGUCUUCUACCCAGGGGAGACGGUGGUGCACGGGCCUGGUGAAGCAACGGCUGUGGAAUGGGGGCCAAACACAUGGAUGGUGGAGUAUGGCCGCGGUGUCAUCCCCUCUACCCUGGGCUUCGCACUGGCUGACACUGUCUUCAGCACCCAGGACUUCCUCACCCUCUUCUACACUCUUCGAGCCUAUGCCCGGGGCCUCCGGCUGGAACUCACCACCUACCUCUUCGGCCAGGACGCCUGA